AUGAACGCAACGCUACGUUCGACGGACUGGGCCUUUGGCGACCGCAAGUUUAUUUUGGCGGGUCGACCGUCUGAUGAAGCAGUAGAGGAGUCGUGGCCGAAAGCGGCGGUGCUCAAAACACGCUCGGGGCCGAAGACUUACUGUUUGUUAGCAGUAACUCUAUUGGCUCCCAUGGUCUCCGGGCAGCGGUCUCAUGGGAGCCCGUUGCUCGUGCCUAAAGUGCUUUACCUGGGAUUCUCACCGGCGCGGUCACGGAUAUGUGCGAAAGCAGCGAAAGCGUUCCUG